GCGAGGGCAGGGAUGGGGGCCCCCACCUUCGCACAUCUGCGCGGGGCUCCAGAUUGUAGGGCGGGGCGGCACUUCUCGGAAAGCGAAAGCAGGCGGGACGGGGCGGGGAAAGAGGAAGUGCCGGUUGGCUACGCGACCCGACAGCGCCGAGGCUCCAGGGCGGCCCGCCAUGGCUGCAGGGGACCCUGGCGUGGGGUCCGCGACCCCUGCCUCCUCGACGGCCUCCCUCCCUCUGGCUGCGCUCAACAUGCGAGUGCGGCAACGCCUGUCGCUGUUUUUGAAUGUGCGGACGGCUGUGGCGGCCGACUGGACCGCUCUGGCGGAGGAGAUGGGCUUUGAGUACUUGGAGAUCCGACAGCUGGAGACGUUCGCCGACCCCACGGGCAGACUGUUGGAAGCCUGGCAGGGACGCCGCGGCGCCUCAGUAGGCCGACUGCUCGAGCUGCUCGCCAAGCUGGGCCGCGAAGACGUGCUGGUCGAGCUGAGACCCAGCAUUGAGGAGGAUUGCCAAAAGUAUAUUUUGAAGCAGCAACAGGAAGAAUCUGAGAAGCCCUUGCAAGUGGCCGCUGUAGACAGCAGUGUCCCGCGGACAGUGGAACUGGCAGGCAUCACCACACUUGAUGACCCCCUGGGGCAAAUGCCCGAGCGUUUUGAUGCCUUCAUCUGCUACUGCCCCAACGACAUCCAGUUUGUGCAGGAGAUGAUCCGGCAACUGGAACAGACAAACUAUCGGCUGAAGUUGUGUGUGUCCGACCGUGAUGUCCUGCCUGGCACCUGUGUCUGGUCCAUUGCCAGUGAGCUCAUUGAGAAGAGGUGCCGCCGGAUGGUGGUAGUUGUCUCUGAUGAUUACCUGCAGAGUAAGGAAUGUGACUUCCAGACCAAAUUUGCACUCAGCCUCUCUCCAGGUGCCCAUCAGAAGCGACUGAUCCCCAUCAAGUACAAGGCAAUGAAGAAGGAGUUCCCCAGCAUCUUGCGGUUCAUCACUGUCUGUGACUACACCAACCCCUGCACCAAGUCGUGGUUCUGGACUCGCCUUGCCAAGGCCUUGUCCCUGCCCUAAAGACUGCCCUGGGACCUUGGGUGUGUAUGCAUCUGUCUGCCUGUCCACAUACUUCUGCCCCUGCGUCCUUCGUCAGUUGUAGGGAGAAUCUGUGCUCUACUUGCCUCUUAAUUCCUGGAGAUGCCAACUCCACAGACACAUCUGCAGCUGCUGGAUAUCAUCACAUCCCAUGCCCUGCCCGGAACCAGUGGCUGUGAGUGGCACGUCUACCUGCUGGGUUAUCAGUCAGGACAGUGAAGAACAGGACCAGCUAGGACUAAGAGGAGGACCAGUAGAGCUAGCUCUGAGCCAUUCACACAUCUUUGGCCUCAGUUUCCCCACUUAUGAAGUAGGAUAGGAGAACAGGCAGUAUCUGUGUUUGAAUGACUGGAGGAAAUGGUGAAGCACUGCUCUGGGUCUCCUGGGGGAGACAAAUCUUGGCUGAGGGAGAGCUGGCUGCUGCUGGGACCAUGGCAGUGGCUUCCACAGUGAUGCCUACUGACGCGUCAGUGCAUCGUUGCACACCUCACAUCCCACCUCCUCCUGCCCACCAGGCAGUGGGGAAGCAGGGGGCUCAGCACAAGGAGAUCCUACCUUGAGCCCAAUUCCCUAAUGGGUCCACCUCUCAUCUGCAUCUUUGACUCCUCCCAGCCUCUGCCCCACCUUCAGCAGUGUCAAGUCCCCGAAAAGACUGGCAUGCACAGUUGGGGCUGCUUUUCAGUUCCCCCUGUUGAGAUGCCUAUGAUCACCUCAGCUCCAGCUGGCGUGAGAUAGGAUCCUGGCCUCUGGCAUACCAUCAAAUAUGGGUUCUGGGGCUGGGUCACCAUAGCAAUAUGAGCAGGGAACUUUCCUCCAUGGCCAUGCACAGAAAGCUUUCCCACCAACUUUCUGCACCAUGAUUGCCUUAACAAAUUUGUUUACAAACAGCAACCACACAAGAGCCCCUGUCCCAAAACUUGUGGGCAUGUGGACACAUACAAACUCACACACACAGACAUAUAUAUGCAUGCACAUGCACCCUUACACACACAGACACCUGCAUACAUGUUUGCCUGGGGACAGCUCCGAGGAAUGACUAGGUGGCCACCUAUCUAUCUCCCUUAACAAAGAUGGGGCACUCUUGUAUUCCUUUUCUCUUUUUUUCCUACUCAUUGAAACCAAACUCUGGAAAGGACCCAAUGUGUCAGUAUUUAUGUCCUCCAUGAAGUGCAGGGAGAGGAAGAGAGCUGCGUGAACCCACACAACAGGCGAUCUCCCUCCCAGGGCAAUUUUUACAUUACCCUCAAGCUCUCCUUCUGGGAGAAAAUGUCAUGGUCUCAGGUGUCUGUGCCCCAGGGCAGACCCCAUGACCCCAAAUCCAAUAGAAAAUGGAUCUAUUCUUUGCUCUACCUCCAGCAAGGCUGGAACAAGGUGCCUUCCCUUGGGGUCUCAGGAGGGAAUGGAGGCCCCUCUCUGCAUCAUCUUGACAGCUGCCAUGCACCUGCAUGCCUUUGAUAGUGGGCAUUUUAAAAACAAUUUCAAGAAAGCAUCUUCUAUACCUGUUUUGUAUGUAUUGUGAAAAUUUCAAAGAUAUCUGAGAAAUGCCUGUGUUUGCCAUUCCUCCUGUAUCCUGGGUUUAUAAUUAAAGGAUAUUCUACUUUGGAAA